AUGUACUCAGAGUGGCGCUCCCUUCAGCUGGUGGUGCAAAGUGACCAGAGCAACCUCAGUGUUCUGCACACUUACCCCCCCACCGUGGGCACUGAUGUGGCCAAUGCUGUGGUCAAGCCCCUGGGAACGGCUGUAAGCCCUGUGGCCACUGACAACAUCCUUAAGACUGACAAGGAGGUAAAAUGGACCAUGGAAGUGCUCUGUUACGGCCUCACUCUGCCUUUAGAGGGUGAAACUGUCAAGCUGUGUGUGGAUGUGUACACAGACUGGAUGAUGGCCCUGGUCUCACCCAGAGACUCUAUGCCGCACCCUGUGAUCAAAGAGCCAAAUAUGUAUGUCCAGCUCAUCCUUAAACAUCUCUACAACGUCUUUGUUCCAAGACCUGACCAGCACAGUCUGAACCACAUCAGAUUGUGCCAGCAAGUCCUAACUUCAGUCCAAAAACUGGCCCGUGAGUCUAAUUCCAUGGUGAGGGAAACAUGGGAGGUGCUGCUGCUCUUUCUGCUGCGCAUCAAUGACACGUUACUUGCACCACCCACUAUUGGAGUUGGCGUGGCAGAAAAAUUGGCAGAAAAACUGAUGGCUGUGCUGUUUGAGGUGUGGCUGCUGGCAUGUGCGCGCUGUUUCCCCACUCCUCCCUACUGGAAGACGGCGAGAGAGAUGCUGGCCAACUGGAGACACCACCCUCCUGUGGUGGAGCAGUGGAGCCGGGUGGCCUCUGCUCUCACCUCCAGACUUUUGAGGUUUACCCACGGACCAACGUUUCCACCGUACAAAGUGCCCGAUGAGGACGCAAAUCUAAUUCCUUUGGAGAUGGAUGAUGAUUGCGUGGCCCAGACGUGGUACCGCUUCCUGCACAUGCUCAGCAACCCUGUGGAUUUAAGUAACCCCGCCAUUAUCUUCUUCAGAGCCAUGAGGGGCAUCAGCUGCUUAGUGGAUGCAUUCUUGGGUGUCUCUGUUGCAAAGAAAGUCGUACGGGAGAGGGUGUUCACUUUCUCUCCACGGCUGCACCAUGGUAUAUCUCGACCUAGGGCUGACAGUGCCCCGCCCACUCCAGUCAACAGAAUGAGCAUGUCCCCGCCCCCUUCUAUCACGAACACCACCCCUCCUCACAACCGCAAGCAACGUCAUGCAGUGGUCACCAAAACGACAAGCAAGAGCUCAACUGCGAGUGGGGCUCAACCAACCAAAGCAUCCCAACAACAGCAACAACAGCAGCAGCAGCCUUCCUCCUCGCCCACGCUACUGUCCAGUCCAAACCAGACCAGCUGGGAGACCCGGCCUCUGCCUGCCCCGGCCCGGCCUAAAGUCAACAGCAUCCUCAACCUGUUCGGCCAGUGGCUGUUUGACGCUGCCCUGGUGCACUGUAAGCUCCACAGCGGCCUCAGCAGAGACCCCAGCAUGACCGCAAUAGCCACGCAAGUCGGCCUGGAGCUGAGGAGGAAGGGCUCGCAAAUGUCCACAGAGUCCAUGGUGUCCAACCCCAUGUUCGAUGCCAAUGAGUUCCCAGAGAGCUACGAGGCCGGCCGCGCUGAGGCCUGUGGGACUCUCUGUCGCAUCUUUUGUAGCAAGAAAACUGGGGAGGACAUAUUACCUGUUUAUCUCUCCAGGUUCUACAUGGUUCUCAUUCAAGGACUUCAAAUCUCUGACUUCAUCUGCAGACCUGUUCUAGCCUCAAUUAUUCUAAACUCGUCGUCCCUUUUCUGCUCCGACCUGAAGGGGAUCAAUGUUGUGGUGCCCUACUUUAUAGCUGCUCUUGAGACUAUUGUGCCAGACAGGGAGCUCUCCAAGUUUAAGAUGUAUGUAAAUCCUACUGAUCUGAGGAGAGCCUCCAUUAAUAUCCUACUCGCCAUGUUGCCAUUACCAUACCACUUUGGGAAUAUCAAAUCAGAGGUCUUACUAGAAGGGAAGUUCAAUGAAGAGGACGUGUGGCCUCUUGAUCAGCCAGUGUCUUUUCUGUCCUUACGGCUCCGUCUGGUCAAUGUUCUCAUCGGAGCACUGCAAACGGAGACAGACCCCACCAACACACAGCUCAUACUGGGUGCAAUGUUGAACAUUGUCCAGGACUCUGCUUUGCUGGAGUCGAUUGGUGCACAGACAGAGACAGUGAGCUUAGAUGGCACCCACGUGGCUUCAAGAAGCCAGAGCCACAGCCGCACCAACAGUGGCAUUAGUUUUAAUAGUGGGGGCAGCACUGAGGCAACCAGCCCCGACACCGAGCGGCCAGCACAAGCUCUCCUCCGUGAUUAUGAUACGGCAGCAGGCCUGCUGGUGCGCAGUAUCCACCUUGUCACACAGAGACUGAACUCCCAAUGGAAGCAAGAUAUGAGCAUUUCACUGGCUGCUCUGGAGCUGCUGGCUGGGCUCGCCAAGGUGAAAGUUGGAGUUGACUCAGCGGACCGGAAGCGAGCCAUCAGUUCCAUUUGCACAUAUAUUGUUUAUCAGUGUAGCCGUCCUGCCCCUCUUCAGUCCAGAGACCUCCACUCUAUGAUAGUUGCUGCCUUCCAGUUCCUCUGCGUGUGGCUCACGGAACAUCCAGACAUGUUGGAAGAAAAGGACUGUUUGUCUGAAGUUUUGGAUAUCGUAGAGCUUGGCAUCUCUGGAAGCAAAUCCCGCCAGGAAAAUGAAGUUAGGCAUAAAGGUGAUAAAGAACACAACCCAGCCUCAAUGAGGGUGAAAGAUGCUGCUGAAGCCACAUUAUCCUGUAUUAUGCAGGUGCUGGGGGCCUUCCCUUCUCCCAGUGGGCCUGCCUCCACCUGCUGCCUCUUGAAUGAAGAGACUUUGAUCCGCUAUGCCAGACUAAGUGCUGCUGGAGCUGGCAACUUCCGCUACUUUGUCCUUGACAACUCUGUUAUCCUGGCCACACUGGAGCAACCUCUCGGGAAUGAGCAGAAUCCUAGUCCAUCUGUGACGGUGUUGAUUCGAGGCACUGCUGGUCGACAUGCCUGGACAAUGCAGCUUUUCCAUCAACCAAGAGGGGCACGAGCCAAUCAGAGGGCGUUUGUUCCUGAGGGCCGUCCAACCCCCAAGAACGACGUGGGCAUCAAAUACAAUGUCAAACAGCGGCCAUUCCCCGAAGAGGUGGAUAAGAUCCCACUUGUCAAAGCCGAUGUCAGUAUUCCUGAUUUGGAUGAUAUUGUCAGUAAAGAGCUUGAGGUUCAGCUCGAGAAGCUCCGUGCUGUGAUGGCGAAGCAGAUAGAGUAUGAACACAGCCUGGAACGACACAGCGAUGAGAAAUGGAAGUCUAAGCCUUUCCCUGACCCUCAAACGGACUGCAAACCCCCUCCGCCCGCACAGGAGUUCCAAACUGCACGCCUCUUCCUCUCACAUUUCGGAUUUUUGUCUUUGGAGGCACUUAAGGAGCCAAACAACAGCCGUCUACCUCCUCACCUGAUUGGCCUGGACUCCUCGCUCUCAGGGUUCAUCGAGGACAUCAGUUUCCUCGACCUGCUGCCGUGUCGACCUUUUGACACCGUUUUUAUUUUCUAUAUGAGAGCCGGACAGAAAAGCAGCCACGAGAUUCUUAAGAAUGUGGAAUCGUCUGCAAGCGUCCAGCCCCACUUUUUGGAGUUCCUAUUGUCCCUGGGCUGGCCUGUGGACGUAGGGCACCACCCGGGAUGGACCGGACAUUUAGACACUAGCUGGUCUCUCAACUCUUGUGCAGAUGACAAUGAUGUGCAGCAGACAGAAGACGCCACCCCCCCUGAAGACACCGGAGGUUCGCUUUUCAAUGGAGAGAAGAAAGUUCUAUACUAUGCUGAUGCUCUGACUGAAAUGGCCUUUGUUGUCCCAUCUUUUACUGAAAAUUCUGAGGAGUCAUCUGUACACAGUGAUUCCACAGUGGAAGCGGACACAAACUCUGAUCCAAUGCCCGGUUUACCGAGGCAACCCAACCUCACACUGGACCUGUUCCCAAACCAUUCUGAAAAUCUGGAGUCUGUAAAAAAGCUGAGCCCGCUGAAUAAGACAAAAAGAUCUUCAACUGGAAAGUCAUUUCCUGCUUUGGGACCCGAAACUAAGGUGUUUGUUGUGUGGGUGGAGCGCUAUGAUGAUAUUGAAAACUUCCCCUUGACUGAUCUUCUUGCGGAAACCAGUACGGGUUUGGAAGCCAGCAUGAGCAACAGCACUUCCUGCAGGUCAGGUUUAUUAGAGAAGGACGUUCCACUGAUUUUCAUCCACCCCUUAAACACUGGACUCUUCAGAAUCAGGCUGCUCGGUGCUGUGGGUAAAUUUGGAAUGGUCAUUCCACUGGUGGACGGCAUGGUGACCAGUCGUCGGGCUUUAGGUUUUCUUGUUCGUCAGACGGUCAUAAACGUAUGUCGACGAAAGCGUUUGGAAAGUGACUUGUACAACCCUCCUCAUGUGAGACGUAAGCAGAAAAUCACGGAGAUGGUCAACCGUUAUCGCAGCAAAACACUAGAGCCUGAGUUCUACACCUCACUCUUCUACGAUGUGGGAGAGGGACGACGUCACCAAUAA